AUGUUCUUGACACGUGGCCCGCUCCCACUCGCUCCUCUAUGGGAGAGAUUUUUCAGGGGAGCACGUGGGCGCUUCAGCAUCUACAUCCACGCCUCCAAUGCUUCUCUCACCCCCUUUCCUUCAACGCUUCCUCGCCUCUUCAGACACAGAUUCAUCCCUGCGUCCCCUGUGGUGUGGGGAGACAUGUCCAUGGUGACAGCAGAGCGCAAGCUGCUGGCGUACGCACUUACAGACCCCCGAAACCACUACUUCGCCCUCGUCUCAGAAAUGUGCAUUCCUCUGUGGCCUUUCGACUACAUCCAUGCCUACAUCUCCACCGCCCAAGUCAGCCUAGUCGAGGCGGACCAUGACCGGUACGGCUUGGCCUUUCGGCACUACGAGAGGCACAUCUUCUACCCGGAUAUCAAGAGAGAGCACUACGUGGGGGGCAGCCAGUGGUUCGUGCUGCAGAGGAAGCACGCGAGGCUAGUGACCCAGGACACCACGCACUACCGCCGCCACACGGAUAGCUGCAAGUUCCGCAUGCGCACAGGCAGCAGGUUCUGCUGUGCCGACGAGCACUAUGUGCAAAUACUCCUACAUAUGCGGGACCCAUCGGGCAUUUCUGGAUUCUCCACGACCUUCGCUGACUGGAGCGCAGCGGAGUGGCAUCCCAAGUUGUUCACAGGAGACAACAUCACUGCUCAUGCCAUCCGAUCCAUCAAGUCUGCAAAGCACUUUGUCCCCUACAAAAGCUUUUGGAACGACUUCAACUUGUCUCACAUGUAA